UCGUUCAUCGUCGUCUCUGCAGAAGGCGGACUGCGAGUUUCGUCUGUCACACAGCGCUUUAAAAAUACAGUGUUCGGUUGCAUAUUGAUUUAUUCCUAAGUUUUGGACACUAAAUUGUACAAAUUUCUAGAAUAGUUAUCAAAAUCAUCGUUAUUAGUGCACCAGAAUGUCGUUCAAUUUCGGCAAUACCACCGGAACCGGCUUAGGAUCUACUAGCACUCCGGCGAAACCAGCGGCUGGAUUCGGUAGCUUCUCAUUCGGCGCUCAGGCCUCUACGCCGGCAUUUGGCGCUGCGACGGCCACCGCCAAUGCCCCAGCCCCGUCCCUUUUCGGUGGAGGUGCUGCUCAACCCGGUGCCGCCAACACGACCACCGUCACGGGAGGUUUUGGUGGAUUUGGAACUCCGGCAGCCGGUGCCCCAGCAGCCAGCACAGCGGCCUUCGGCUUCGGAACCAACACGGCUGCAACGGCAACGCCGGCGUUUGGCUUUGGUGGAACAGCGACGUCCACAGCGGCGGCAGGAACGACCGCGACACCGUUCGGAGGAUUCGGAACGACGGCCACCACGUCGGCGGCUGCACCCGCUUUUGGCGGUUUUGGAACGACAACGGCGACUACGAGUGCACCUGCUUUUGGCGGUUUCGGAGCAUUCGGCACCACUACCACCAGUUCGGCACCAUCUCUUUUCGGACAAACCAGUUCUACCACAACGGGAUUCGGAGGUUUCGGGACUUCCUUUGGAGCCGGUGGUGGAUUUGGCCAACAGCAGCCCCAGCAGCAAGCAGGACUGGGAUUCGGUCAAACAUUCCAGCCUCAGCAACAGCAGCAGCAACCAGCAGCCCUCACCCAGGAGGAAGCUUUUGCGCAGUCCAUUUUCAAUGUGUCUAUUUUUGGGGAUGAACGAGAUACGGUCAUUGCCAAGUGGAAUUAUCUCCAAUCGAUGCUGGGAACAGGAAAAGCUUUCUAUUCGCAGAAUAGUGCCCCUGUUGAGAUAACUCCCAGUAACUAUUUGUGCCGCUUCAAAACCAUGGGCUAUACGAAGCUACCGGGGAAGGAGAACAAGGUCGGAUUGGUGGGGCUCACGACCAACAAAACUGCUGGACAAAUGAAGGACCAACAGCAACAGUUCAUCACCAGCUUGAACCAGAUCUUCGGAAACAAACCCAAUAUUGCCAUCACAGUCGAGAGCGUUAAAAUGGUCGGAGACAACAAAUCGCAGAUUGUAAUCUACGUUGAGGAAAAGUCGCCCACCUCAAAUGAAACGAAACGCAUCCUGGCCACGGAAGUGGCCAGUUAUCUCAACCAACCGGCCCCAAAACAGCAACUUACAACCCUAGGCGUAGAAACGGUGGUAGCUUUGGUGCUCCCAGAGGAAGACCAACUGAAAGAAUAUCUGGAGAACCCCCCGAAAGGCAUCGACCCCCGCAUGUGGCAACAGGCCAAGAUCGACAACCCCGACCCAAAACGGUUCAUACCGGUGCCGAUGAUUGGCUUCCAGGAGCUCAAGUGGCGCAUCAAGUGUCAGGAAGGCGAAACCGACAUCCACGUGUCCUAUCUGGAUAAAGUGGAGAAGGAAAUCGAACAGCUGAAACAGCGCCACACAAACACCACCGCCAAAAUCAUGGAACACCGUAGGAAGUUUGCCGAGCUGAGUCACCGGAUUCUGAAGAUCAUCGUCAAGCAGGAGAGCACGCGGAAGAUGGGCUUCGCUCUGCUUCCGGAGGAGGAACUGAUCCGGAGUAAGUUGGAGAACAUGCACGCGCUGGUUUCGACGCCGACGCAGUUCAAGGGUAAGCUCAGCGAGCUGCUGUCGCAGAUGCGGAUGCAGCGGAACCAGUGGGCUCAUGCAGGUGGGAUCAAUGACUACACGUUAGACAAAGAAUCAUCGGAGGAGAUGAAGAGCUUCUUGACAAUGCAGCAGAAGGCUAUGGCAUUCCUGGUGGAAACGGUGAACAAAGACCUCAAGGACCUCAAGGUGAUUUCGGAUGGAAUGUCACGACUGAUACAAGGCUAGAAGAUUUAGGUUUUCCUGAAAUCAUGAGGUAAGUUACACACUCGAUCUAUGUUGCUGCUACAUGAAUACAGAGAUGCCUAAUUCUAAUUGAGAACUGGAAA